AUGUCCCUGGCUGCGACAAUUGUCAGCACCGCAUCGGUUAACAUGGUGCUUGUCAAAGAAAAAAUGUUGAUUGUUUUCAGUGCUGGCAUGAUGGAUGCAGUGUGUCCGCUGUAUCAUUCUGAGGUCUCUCCAGCCAACUCUCGGGGUCAGCUUGUUGGCUUCCAUGCCUUCCUCCUUGUGACGGGAUAUGCUGGAGCGAGCUGGGUGGGACUCGGAUGCUAUUUUGAACCAAACCCCGAUAUUCAGUGGAGGCUGUGCGUUGGCUUGCAAGCAGUUGCCCCUCUCAUUCUCCUUUUGGGGUCACCUUGGAUCCCCGAGUCCCCAAGGUGGCUCAUUUUGUAUGGAAGGCUCAAGGAAGGCCGCGAGAUACUCUGCAAGCUGCACAAGAACAAUAAUGACUCAGCAGACACAUUAGCCGAGCAGGAGUAUCAGACCAUCUGUGCCCGAGUCGAGCUGGACCGUGCAAAGACUAUGACAUGGAGGUCUCUCGUCUCCAACAAAUCGAUCAUGCGUCGCCUAGCUACUGGAUUCUUUGUUGUCUUUGCUGCCAAAUCCAGUGGUGUAUUGGUUAUCAAUAAUUACCAAGUCACCUUAUACAAGGGGUUAGGAAUCACCGGCUGGAAGUCACUGUUACUGCUCAGUGUCUACACUAGUUGGGCAGCGUUUAUGAACUGGGUCAACGCGAUGCUACUGGAUCGGAUUGGGCGCAUUAAGCUGAUGUGUUUUGGGCUUGUCGGUGCUGCCUUUGCACUUUCUGGCGAAGCAGCUAUGGUCGCUAGAUUUGCUGGCACCUCCAAUGCUAUAGGCAAUGGCCUCGGGGUGUUUUUCUUGUUCCUCUUCAUCACCUUAUUCGCUGGUGGAAUGGAUGCCUCUUGCUAUGUUUAUAGCUCUGAGAUUUUCCCGACAUGGCUUAGGGCUCCAGGGUUGGCAGUUUCGGUGACAGGUCUAUUCACCGCUACUCUUAUCUUUACCGGCUCUGCCUCUGUAGCGUUCGCCUCUGUGGGAUGGAAGUAUUAUCUUGUCUUCAUUUUCACACCGAUUACAUGUGCACUGAUCAUCUGGUUUUGCCUUCCUGAGACUAAUGGUCUGUCUUUGGAAGAAAUCGAACAAAUCUUUGAUAGGGAACAAAUUGAUGCAGUUGCUGUGGUUCAAAUUGUGAAGGGGGAUGAGAUAACUGUUGUCAAAGAUCAAAUUAUGAGCAAGAGCCAUGUAUAA